AUGCUUCCGAAAGAAAAACAAAAACCUAUUAACUGUAAAAUCGUCCUAGCGUCUCUAUGUUCUUUGGGCAUCAUUGCUGCCCUUGGCGUCGUGACGUAUUUUCAGGGGCAGGAUUUAGCGGCUGUCAAUCAACGGCUGAGGAACAUCGAAGAUGCGGUUCAUGAACCAAGGAAGAAGCCCUCUCCCUCUCCUCCCCCCCCCCCCUCUUUUCUCUCGUCCCCUUUCUUCUCCCUCUCUCUUUUUCCUUCUCCCCUUCCCUUUCUUCCCCCCUUUCUUUCCCCCCCCCCCCCCUCCCCCUCCCCCCCUUCCCCCUUCCUUCCUUCUCCUUCCCCUUUCCCCCCCUUUGUUGCUGCUUAG